AUGAUCUUCUUCUCUGGUUUCCUCGUCGGGUGCUAUCCCCUCUCUAUCUUGGGCCAGAAAUUUCCUACUGCAAAGGUUCUUAGAAUGGGCUUCUGGUAUUCCAGUGGCGGUGCAGUCAACCUUCGUAUCUUCUACAUCUUUGCCGGUGCCCUUACUCUUCUCUGGUCGUUUGUUGUGUAUGCCUUUUUCCCCGACUCACCUGUCACUGCAAAACGCCUUACGGAGGACGAACGAGCCCUGGCUAUUCUGCGGCUGCGAAAUAACAACACUGGUUUCGAGAAUACCCGUUUGAAGCCACGGCAGAUCUGGGAGACGCUGGUUAGUUACCAGUUUUGGUCGCUCUGCUUGCUUGGAAUGCUGUGCAGUACAGCCACAAGCGCUGCCAACACAUUUUCAAGCUUGGUCUUUAAAAGUCUUGGCUUCAGCGUGUUUCACACCCUCCUUCUCAACAUCCCUUUGGGUGCCAUCUCCAUCUUCACCAUUGUUGGAUCUGGGUGGCUUGGCCGGACGUUGCCUAAUAUGAGACAUCAUAUUUAUACCAUCGCAUGCCUUCCAGUUAUUACAUGUUGCGUUCUAUUGUGGCAGCUACCUGCUAGUCAAACUGCUGGGCGAAUUGUCGGUAUCUACCUGGUUUCGUUCUUUGGAUCAUGUUAUCUUCCGGUCAUAGCCUUUGGCACCUGUAACUUUGCUGGCUAUGCGAAGAAGACAAUUGUUUCUGCUGGGACUUUUGUUGGUGAUUGCCUUGGUAAUAUUAUCGGUCCGUUGCUAUUUGAUGCGAAAUUCGCGCCUGGAUAUAAUGAAUCAUUCAUUGGCAUUAUGAUUAUUAUCGUCGGUGCAGGUCCCUCGGGGCUACUACUGGCUCUUCUUCUUGCCCAGAAAAACAUACCCUCGGUAGUCCUGGAGUCAUGGCCGUAUCUUGACACGCGUCUACGAGCAACGCAGUAUGGAGUCCCCGCCACCCGUGUCUUCCGUCGCGCAGGCAUACUCGAUGACAUUCGCAAAGCCAGCAUUGCCAGGUUCCCUAGCAUUUGUUGGAGAAGGGUGUCAGAUCACGAGAAGCUGAUUAGUCUGGACCUGUCACUUGUCGAGGAUGAUCCCGAUCGCAUGACAAUCUUACCUCUAGGUGAGAUCAUACAAAUCCUUUACCGACAUUGCCUUGAGAGAGGAGAAGGAUUGAUUGACGUCAAGUUCAAUCACGAAGUCACAAAUGUCGGCCAGGAUGACGGUUCUGCCUAUGUUGAUGUUAGCAUCAAAGGCGAAGGAGGGACAGAGAAAACAAGACUCACUGCUGACUACGUCGUGGGAUGCGACGGAGCAUCUAGUGCCGUCUACUACGACGGCUUCCAGAAGCAUAACUGGGACGGCGGAAACUACAUGGUCGACAAUGAUCACUGGGGCCUCAUUGCUCGAAGAGGAAAAGGAGGUCUAUGGCGCGUCACCUACGGAGAUCCAGUUACGGGUUUGACAGACGACGAGUAUCUAGCCCGACGACCUGCACAUAUGAAAGCAAUGCUACCGGGACAUCCCGACCCAGACCAAUACCGAAUCGAACGAACUAAUAUAUACAACAUACACAACCGUUGUGUUGAAAGCUUCAAGGUCGGCCGCGUACUUCUAGCUGGUGAUGCUGCGCACGUCUGCAAUCCUAUGGGAGGAUAUGGCUGCAUGACUGCCGUCUUGGAUGUUGGCGGUUUAGCAGACUGCUUGAUUGGAUACUACCACGGUCUGGCGGGUGAAGAUAUCCUCGAGAAAUAUGCAGAGAUCAGACGGGAUAUCUUUGUCAGAUAUGUUGAUCCGAGAUCGAUCAAGAAUCUCAAUCGCGUGGCGACAUCAGAUCCCCACAACAUCUUGGAAACAGAUAAGUUUUUCGGCAUUCUGAAGGAUCUUCAGCGGGAUAAUAAUGAUAUGAGGGCGUUUUUGUUGAAAGUGUCCAGUAUCGAAUAUGAUUUCACCAAACAUUAUAAGAGCAACCAAAAAGGACAGGUCCUGUGA